AUGAUGGCAUUGAUCAUAUUCUAUUUAUUCCAAUGUAUGAAUCAUGUUCCGAUCGAGGCUGCACCGUCUCGGGAUGAUCCGAAAGGUUAUUAUGAAAUUUUGGGAUUAAAUCCAUCAUGUUCUCAGAGUGAUAUAAAAGCUGCUUAUCGGAAACUCACUCUCAAAUAUCAUCCCGAUCGCAACCGAAACAAACCCGAAGCCGAGCAAAAAGCCAUCAAAGAGAAAUACGUUCGGAUUUGUCAAGCCUAUGAAACACUUUCCGAUGAAAACAAGAGACAAGCUUAUUCAAGAGGAUUUUAUGAUACUUCUUCUCAUGGUAGUGAUGAUUCCGAAAGUUAUGGAAGUCAUUCCUUUCAUUUUCAUCAACAAUUUCAGGAUCUUUCCGAUCUGUUUAAACAUUUUCAUUUCGGAGGAUCCUCAGGAGCUUUUGAACAGAGAGGAAGCAACAAUAAUAAUGGAGGACAUGCUGAAGGAGAACGAUUUCGUUUCAAUCCCUUUGGAUCUUCCUUUUUUGACGAUGAGGAUGAUGAUGAUUUUGGAUUUCCUUUUCAUUUUGGCUUUCCUCAUCACCAUCAACAACAACAAGGCUCAUCAAAGAAAAAACAACAACAACAUCACUCCAAUUCUCAAUCUUCAAGCAAUGGUGAUGAGAAUAAGGGAGGUCUUUUUUCAGGCAUGUUCGACAAGUUGAAAUCAGCCUUUGGUUUGAAACAGGAAGAAGCUCAACAUCAUCAUGAAGAAAGUGAUGACAGCUAUCGAGAAGGAUAUCAACGAGUGAAGAAAGUAGUGACAAAAAUUGCAAGUGAUGGAACAAGAACGACCUAUGUCACUUAUGAAUAUAUACCCACAGGUCAGAAUCGAAGAGGAUUUAGUUUUUAA